UACGUUUUUCUUGCUUGAGUUGAGGCGUAAACGAUCCUCUGCGUGUCGACUGCGAGGACUGCGAAUCUCGACCGCAGUGAUAAGAGAAGCCGAUUCUUAUUUUCGAAUUAUUAAAUUCGCUUCCUGAUUGACAGUAGUAUAUCAAUAAGCAGAAGUACACAUUCCCAACUUGGAACCAUGUACGAACCACUGGAAACCAACAAGGGAAACCUGCUGACCAAAUAUCUCCGGAUAUUGGCGGUGGUCGCUGCGUAUUGGGUCGUUUCCAUUCUGACCGUUUUUGUGAACAAAGCACUGUUAAGUGGCCUGGACCUGGACGCUCCCUUGUUCGUAACAUGGUUUCAGGUAUUGACCUCGUCGAGCAUUUGCUUCGUGAUGAGCGCGCUUAGCCGGAGGUAUCCGAGAGUUUUUAACGUUCCAACGGGGAAUCCGUUGGAUAGGGAUGUUUUACGGAAAGUAUUACCGUUGUCGCUGCUAUUCACGGCAAUGAUUGCAACGAACAAUCUUUGCUUGAAAUAUGUAGGGGUGGCUUUCUACUACGUAGGUCGUUCUUUGACCACGGUGUUCAACGUCGUGUUAACUUACCUGCUAUUGGGACAGAAGACCAGUGGAAAAGCGGUGCUCUGCUGUAUGCUGAUUGUAAUCGGAUUUUGGAUCGGAGUCGAUCAGGAAAGCUUGACGGAAUCUUUCUCACUCAUCGGAACGAUUUUUGGAGUGCUGGGCUCGUUGAGUCUAUCCCUGUACUCUAUCUACACGAAGCGCACCUUACAGUUUGUCAAUCAGGAAGUGUGGCUGCUGAGCUAUUAUAACAACGUUUACUCUGCGGUUAUCUUCAUCCCGCUGAUGUUAAUCAACGGAGAAUUCCGGGUAGUCAUGGAUUAUGAACAUCUGGCCGAACCGUGGUUUUGGGGCGUGAUGACUGUCGGAGGUCUUUGCGGAUUUGCCAUCGGAUUCGUAACAGCUCUGCAGAUCAAGGUGACGUCUCCUCUGACUCACAACAUUUCCGGAACGGCAAAGGCUUGUGCGCAAACCGUACUGGCCACCACCUGGUUCAGCGAAGUCAAAUCGUUCCUCUGGUGGACUUCCAACCUAGUGGUGCUAAUUGGCAGUGCUCUGUACACUCGGGUGAAGCAACUCGAAAUGGACCAACGGCAUCGACAACAGAUCAAUAGUCAAAAAGUUUAAUAUAACUCUAUCGAUUCCUUAUAUUUUAAUUCUAAUAAUCUAUAUUGUGAUCACAUAAAUUUAUAUGUUCCACUGUAAA